CUCUCUUUCUCACUCCUCCUCACUCUCUUCCUCCAACACAAACUCACACCCGUGGCUGUCUGCUUGCCCCAGCUGCAACAACCAACAGAGCAUUUCACUCCUUUGGGCUGAAGGGCAGCUCUUUCCUGGACUGCACGUGACUCGACACGCCAAAAAUAGAGAUCAAGAUGGGCAUCCCUUUUUAUGACCAUAUUGACGAAUAUGACAACAGUUCCAACCACAGUUUCGAUGAUGAUGAUGACGACAACUUUACAGACUACCACACGGUCUGCGACAAACAAGAGAUCCGGUCCUUUGCCGGGGUCUUUUUGCCUGUGGUCUACACCCUAGCACUGAUCCUGGGUCUGGCAGGGAAUUCGCUGGUCAUCUUUGUGUACCUUUCCCACAAGCGUUUACGAACCAUGACAGACGUCUUCAUCCUCAACUUGGCCUUCGCAGAUCUCCUCCUCCUCCUAACAUUGCCAUUCUGGGCUGCAGAUGCAGUGAACGGCUGGGAAAUUGGCAUAGCCGCCUGCAAGAUCACCUCCGCCCUCUAUACUACUAACUUCAGUUGCAGCAUGCUGCUGCUGGCCUGUAUUAGCAUUGACCGUUAUCGUGCACUAGCUAGAGGUUCCACUGCUGUCCAUGCUCCAGGCAGGAACAAUGCCAACAGGCAGAGGAUAAUAGUGUGCCUCCUGGUUUGGGCAUUGGCCAUUUUGUUAGGGUUGCCUGAUAUGGUGUUCUAUACAGUAAGACAACAUUCUGGAGGGCGAAACGCCUGCAGGGCGGUUUAUCCACACAGCAUGGCACGGGCAACUAAAGCCACUCUGGAAAUUUUGGAGGUGUCGCUGAGCUUCCUUCUGCCUCUCCUAGUGAUGUUGUUCUGUUAUUGCAGAGUGGGCGUGGCAUUGAGUCAUGCUGCUACAGCAGGGGUACAAGGCAGGAGGAGAUGGCGGGCGUUUCGGGUGUUGAUAGCAGUAGUGGGGGUGUUCCUGUUGACCCAGCUGCCGUACAAUGUGUUCAAACUGGUUCGAGCUCUGGAUGUGAUCUACAUGUUGGUAACGGAAUGUGAGGUGAGCAAAAAUUUGGAUCGAGCCAAUCAAAUCACGGAGAGCCUGGCUCUCACACACUGCUGUCUAAAUCCAGUGCUUUACGUCUUUAUCGGAUCGUCCUUCAAAAUGCAUGUGCUAAAGCUUGCCAAGCGCUGUGGUCAGACAGGAAGAGAUUAUCGCCACGGCAAUGAGCAGCCCACCGUGGAGAUCUCCCUUAAGUCAGGCGAACGAAGUAAUGCUCACUCUUCCUCGGACAAUAAAGGCACAAGUACGUUCACCAUAUGACACAAACACUUACGCACCGUCUUGCAUUCAGCUAUGGGGACUGACAAUAAUAUUCUAAAACAGUGGUCCUAAACAGGUGGGUUGUGACCCAAAUAUGGGUCAAAGGCUGUAGGUCCAAUCAAACUUUUUAUUGGUGCAAAUAAUGCUACAUAGAAAAAAAAACAAAAUGUUGUGUAAAUCCAUCAGUCACUUGGUAGUAAGCUAGCCAAAUUACCAGUAGGUAGAUUUGGGAAGGUUGCAUGACAUGCCCUCAUCCUCCAUGAACAAAACUAUGAAAAUACAACCCAUACAACAUUGUGCGGGGGUUACAUUUGUUAAGGAGUAUGGAGAUGUUAAAUCAUGUAAAUCUGGGUCUUGAAACAACCAGUUGAGAACCACUGCUCUAAGACACUAUUUCAGAAAUAAGGAUGUCCAAGUAACUCUGAAAUUUUUACAUACAAAAAUGUAAUGUACUAUGUUCAUAUUAUGUUAUCUAUGACAUCAUUGAUGACAUCUUUUAUUAUUUGUUAUAUGCCUUAAAGCAUGCCAUUAUCAGUAGGCCUGCACGGAAUCUAUGCCUGCAGAAUUCCAUGGAACGCUCUGCACAAUUUGCACGCCUGCCAUUCACAAGGUCUUCCAGCCACAAGAGGCCAUGCAUUAGUGAUUUUACCAUGGGUAAAGGGUCUUCAUGAACCCCUAAAGCCGCCAUAAUUUUAGUACGUACACUGUAAUUCACAGCCUCGAGCGCUUAUUGUUUUAAUAAAACGACAGCAACAGCAAUAUAAUGAAAGACACUAAUAUUUAAUGAAAAGUUGUAUUAAUACUAUAACACAUAAUAAACAAUUGUUCCACUAAGUAAUAUACUGUAAUUCAUUAGUCUUAAAAUAAUCUGGCAAGCAACAUAACUAGUAGUUUCUCAGCUCAAUUUAAUACAUUUACCACAUUUAAAUUAAUUCCACAGAUUUCCUCUCACAAUCAUUAAAGAACAUGGGAAAAAGUGCACAGAUUUCGUGUGGGCAUAUUCAUGAGUUAUAGUGAAACCGCUUAUAGAAAGUGUGUAGACAACGCAGGGAUCUUAUGUAACAGAGAUGCCCUGAUAACCAGCAGUUAUGUAUUUAUACAGUUAAUAAAUAUUUAGAAUGUAACUAUAUAUUUUAGAUUAAAGCAUAUAUUUUAAACUUGA